ACGGAUUAUGAUGACAGCAACCCCUGGUGGCAAGUUGAUUUACAGGCCACAUAUAAUAUUACCAGUGUUACCAUUGCUAACAGAUUCGAUUCUAAGGAAGAAUGUGAUGGAGUAACUAUUGGUCGAUGGGUUAAAAUUACAAAACCUACAGAAUUGUUAAUUCUAUGUGAAGUUGAAGUCACGGGAACACUAAUUUAA